CCAGCAAGGUCGAUUCGUCAAUUCUAACAGGCAUUAGGAUAUAUAAGCACGAGCUGAAUCUUAACAUUCACGACAGUUGUCAUUUGGCCAGCCAUGUCUUACAAAGCUCUUAUCCUUGCUUUUGUCGCCAUCUUCGCUUUCGCCCUGGCUGAAGAAGCAGUAAGGGAAAAGAGAGGUCUUCUUGGAUUCGGUGGAUUCGGUGGAUACCGUGGAUUUGGUGGAUACGGUCUUGGAUAUACCAGGAGCUUCGGUCUCGGAUACCACGGCUUAGGUUACGGAGGAUAUGGGUACGGUGGAUUUGGCAGGGUUGGUCAUGUGUUCCCCGGCUAUGGAUUAGGAUACGGCUUCCUCCACUAAGUCUAAACACGACAGAAAAUUUCACCAUGUAAAUAAAAUUAAAAUAAAACAUUUGUGGUAAAA